CUGUGUAUAUAAAUAGGCAUGCAUAUUACGGUGAGAAGUGUGGAAAUAGAGUUAAUUGUUUAACAUGACAACAUCUCAAGUCCAGAAGAUAGAAACAGAGUUUCCUAUUAAGGCAGAUGCUAAGGAAUUCUAUGAUGUUUUCUGCAACAAGACACACCAAGUUGCCAAGGCUUGCCCUCAUAUUGUACAGAGUGUUGUAAUUCAUGAAGGUGAAUGGGGCACUGAGAGAUCCAUCAUUUCAUGGAACUAUGUUUACGGUAAUGUCAAGUGGACUUUAACUUGUUACAAACUGAACCACUACAAGAGCUUCAAGUUCUUGCUUCAUGCUGUUCCCAAGAAAGAGGGAGGAAGCAUGGUGCACUGGACCAUAGAAUAUGAAAAGAUCAACGACAACACUUCUGAUCCUCACACUUUGUUGCAGUUGGUAGUUGAGGAGAGCAAACAGGUUGAAGCUCACCUUAUUUCCCAAGACUGCUGAAAAAGUGAUGAAUAAUUCACAUCAAAGUAAUGGUGAAUUUGAAGCUGGGUAAUUGGAGCUAUAUAAUAAUACUAUUAUGAUAGGCCAUUAUGUAUCUUUGCUAAAAUAAUGGGCAAUGGCAUAAGCUACUAUAUAUACUAAGCUUAUUGAGCCGAGAUGCAUGUUUCGUGUCCUACGUUCAAUAAUAAAUAAUAAAUUAUUAAGUUGUCUUGUGAAAAUGAGAUAUCAUUGCCGAGAAAUACUUGAACAUUUUCGGAGAAAAAAA